AUACAGUUAGAGGGCCCAAAUACGUGUAUCACCAAAAUGGCGGCCAGAAGACCCAAGCAGAAGAAACGCAACAAUGAGCCCCAGAAGGAGGAACUGACAAAGGAAGAGACGGCUGUUGCCAAACAUAUCCGAUUUAACCUAUCUACCAAGAAGACCACCAUUAUGGGCCAACAAGGAGAAUAUUUUACCGCUGCUAAAGCUGUGGAUAUGCUGUUGGACUCAAAAUGGGCCAGCGGAAAAACCAAUGAAACAGAGUUAUUUACCACAAGGCAGACCGUUGUAGAUUACCUCGAUGGAUUGCUACAGAAAGGAUUAUUCUAUCGAGCCGUUAAAGUAUUCAAAGAGAAGAAGGAGAAAGAUAAAGAGAAAAAGGAAGCAAAGGAGAAAGGAGAUGCUGGUGAGAAAAAAAUAAAGAAAAAGAAAAAAGAAAGAAAGGAAAAUGAAGACACUCCUACAGGAAAGAAAUUAAAAGAAGUUAAACGAAAAUUUAAAUUAGAACCACAUGAUGAACAGAUAUUUAUCGAUGGCAGUGAUGCAUAUGUAUGGGUAUAUGAUCCUACUCAUCCAAAAACGUUUAUAAUGGGACUUCUACUUGUGAUUGGUGCUGCAGCCGUGUGUUUAUUCCCCUUAUGGCCGUGGUGGAUGAGACUUGGUACCUACUAUAUCAGCUUAGUGGCAGCAUGUCUUGUUGGCGGUAUACUUGUCUUAGCUUUGUUCAGAUGUAUUUUGUUUGUGUUCAUAUGGAUCUUCACGAUGGGAAAGCAUCACUUCUGGCUCCUACCAAACCUUAUGGCGGAUGUUGGAAUUUUAGAAUCAUUUAAACCGUUCUACACCCACGAAGUUUCCACCACAGAAAAAAAUAAAGACGACACUGAUGCCAAAAAUAAAAAAGAAGAAAAACAGAAUGAGGAAAAUCAAGAAGAGGAAGAAAAAGAAAGCGGGCAAGAUUCUGACGAUGAAGCUGAGCAAAAAGACGAAGAUGACGACGAUGCAGAUAAAGAUGUUUCUGAAAAAGAAGAAACAGACACAGCCUCAAAAAAUGAAAAAGAGAAUAUCAAUGGAAGUAAAAACGGGGAAGGUUUUGAAGUUAUUCACCAAGAAGAGAUUUCAGCAGCUACAGAAGACAUGGAGGAAUCAGACUCUCAGCAAUCGUGAUAAAAUUAAUGAUCUAGUUUGCAUUCACAUUAAAGUCGUCUUGUUUGUCGACAGAAAACUUGUUGGUUAUUUUACAAGUACAUUAUUACAUUGCUCUUUAUUUAAUAACCCUUUAAAUGUCAGUCAACUUUAAUCACUUUUCAUAAUAUAAAAACAAUAUUUUUCACAAAAUUCUGAUCAUGAUCUGAUCAAAAAAUACAUAAAAAAAUGCACCAACAAAAUUUCAAUAGGAAAACGUGUGGCUUCCAUGGAAACAAAGACGAUAGAGAUGUGGCUUUUAUUCACAUUUUAUGUACUAUCUUGCAUUCCAGGUUUCUUUUAUUUCCUACACACUUUCACAUAAUGUUGAAUAAUUCUGCAUUUACAGAUCAUCAAGCUCAUCAUUUGCCAAUGCUAACCUUGUGGCAGUGCGCCUCUACAGGUGGAAUUAUAAGUAACUGGCAUUUGGAGAGUGAUUCCUUCCAGGACAUCUCACUGUACAUUUUGUAUUUUUCUUUUAAUAUUUGACCUUUGACCACCACC